GUUUUGAAUCCCUUCUCAGAAUACCGCUCGGGCAAAAAGGCAUAACACAAGAAAAGAUAAGGAGGAUACAUCGCUGGCAGACUCACGGAAGAGGACGGGGUCGCACUCUGUUAUGUGAGAAUGUGUGAACGUCAGACCUUUGUAAAGCUCAGUGAAGAGAAGCUCAUACCAAAGUCUGACAUCCUGUCACUGCUGAGAACCUACAACUGUUAUCAUGAGGGAAAAAACUUUCAGCUGCGGACUCGCGAGGAGGAUGGACAACUCAUCCUAGAGGGGCUACUAAACAUUUACUGGGGUCUGCGCCGACCAAUAAGACUUCAGAUGUUUGAUGACAACGAAAGAUUUCGUCUCAACAGGAAUGAAAUGUCUACUGUGGCAAAGCAGGCAUCUGCAGAAUCCAACAAUAACUCACUGAACGGAGAACCUAGACCAGCUGACGGUGAUAUUGGGGGUCAAGAGGAAGAGGACUCCCCCCAGCUGCUGAGGACCAGGAGUGACGCCUCCUUCAUGCGAGUUCAGCGGAGGUCAAACACACACACUGCCGGAGACCUGCAGCGCCUGCGCACACACAGGUUCUCGAUCAACGGCCACUUCUACAACCACAAGACAUCUGUUUUCACUCCAGCUUAUGGUUCGGUCACUAAUGUUCGCGUAAACAGCUCAAUGACAACGGGACAAGUCCUCAACCUGCUGCUACACAAGUUUAGGGUUGAAAACAACUCUGAAGACUUUGUCCUUUAUAUGGUACAUGAGUCUGGAGAAAGGACACGACUGAAGAAUGAUGAACACCCUCUGGUCACUCGCGUACUCUACGGGCCCUGUGAGAAAAUCUCCAAAAUCUUUAUCACAGAAGCCGACCUGGGAGAGGAAGUGACAUACGAUGUUGCUCAGUACAUCAAAUUUGAAAUUCCGGUUUUAGACAGCUUUGUAGAGAAACUCAAAGAGGAAGAGGAACGAGAAAUAGUUAAACUGACAAAGAAGUACAGCGCUCUGAGAUCUAUGAUACUGCAUCAGCUCGAAGGCAGAGGUCACAGCAGUGACCGAGUAUGACUGUUUCUGUUUGUAUGACCUAAUGUAAUUGGGUCUAUGGGUGGGUGGGUGUGUGUAUACAAGGACUGGGAGAUACACUAAUGACUGUUGAUUUACUAUGGGACCAUUUCCCAAUACUGUAAUGAUUGUAAAGUUGAAUAAGUGCUUUCAUUGAAAACUAUGCUUGUCAUCUUGUCUGAUCUACUUUGUAUCAUUUAUUCUUGAUGCGUUAUCACACUUUGUAGAUGUAAUUUUAAUAUUUACACAUUUUGGAUAAAAUUCCUUCUGCACAUAUUUAUACCCUGUUUUUGUAAUGAUUAAAAUUGUAAUAAAUCAUCCUAGUUGUGCUGA